AUGACAGCUCUGGUGACUGGAAAGAAUCUAAAAUACGUGUCCCUUGUCGUCCUCAUUGCACAAACGACGGCUCUUGUGCUGAUAUUGCGUUACUCAAAAACCCAGAAAAUCGAUGGGCCAAGGUACAUCUCGUCUACGGCGAUCAUCUUGUCGGAGAUUGUGAAAAUGGUUACCUGUUUAGCAGUGAUUUUCCAUACCAACGGGUGGCGAUUUUCUUCCUUCCAGAAUGAAAUCUUCGCGGAGAUUAUUGAGAAGCGAAGCGAAACGUUGAAGGUCACAUACCAGCUCAAAAUUUUAAGCACCGCCUUUUUUUCCGUUACAAUGCUUGGUCGCUCACUUAAUCGCUUGAAAUGGAUUGCACUCGUAUUGCUUACUGGAGGAGUUGCUCUCGUACAAGUACGAUGGAUUUUCGCGUUACACAAAUUUCGUGUAAUAAAACCGGGCGCACCGGUAAAAGCGAGUGGUGAUAGAUCAGGCAGUAUUGCUGGCUUGUUUGCAGUACUGGCUGCAUGCUUGUCAAGUGGUUUUGCUGGUGUAUAUUUUGAGAAGAUUUUGAAAACGACUAAUGUCUCUUUAUGGAUGCGUAAUCUCCAGCUAGCAUUCUUCUCAAUAUUCGGUGGUUUUCUGAUGUGUUGGUUGUACGACUGGAAGGCGAUUCAAAAGGACGGUUUUCUACAGGGAUACAACUUUAUAACAUGGGUUGUAAUCAUGCUUCAGGCUUAUGGUGGUUUAAUAAUUGCAUUAGUGGUCAAGUAUGCGGAUAAUAUUCUCAAAGGAUUUGCCGUUUCGCUUUCGAUUAUCCUCUCAUCGCUUAUUUCGUGGUUGUUCUUGGCUGACUUUGAACCAUCGUUGUAA